CCCCUGUGUGCUGUGCGUGCCAACCGUUCUAAGCGCUGUGCUCGUCUGGUACCCCCGCCGCCUCUUCCCAUUAUAGCAGCAGCAGGGUGCAAAAUGAUGCGCGACCAUGACCAGUGUGCGCUGUCCCCUCUCUUAAUACUGCGCUCUUUGGAACUCCUCUUUUGGCUUCCGAUUUUCUCGCCUUUUCCAGUCUCGUUUUUAUUAUUGUUUUGCUUUCCCGGAAGCUACCGAGCGCAUGUCGAUUAUAUCCUAGAGCUGGCUCUCGAUCUCGGCCUCUGAUUUGUUUUGUCCUGUGCCUAUUUGGCCUUUGCGUCUGAGAACCAGCUCGAGCUCGACACCUGUAGCGAGGUCGCUACCCAGCCGCCGCAAUGCGCAUCGCGUGUUUGCAGUUCGCUCCCCAAGUAGGGGACAUCGAAAACAAUCUGAAUAGAGCAGAUGCUGUAUUGCAAAAGGCCAAUACCGAAGAUCUGGAUUUACUAGUACUACCCGAGCUCGCAUUCACUGGCUACAACUUCAAAUCGUUGCAAGAUAUUUCGCCUUUCCUCGAGCCCUCUGGCUCUGGCAUUUCUUCACUAUGGGCACGAACCAUGGCGUUGAAGUACAACUGCACAGUUACUGUCGGAUACCCAGAAAAAGUCGACGUCUCCCCCAAAUGGCCAACCGGUCCCGAGUUUUAUAAUUCCACAAUAGUCGUCAACGGCGACGGCGAGACUAUUGCCAAUUAUCGCAAGUCGUUCUUGUACCACACAGACGAGACAUGGGCACUUGAAGGCCCACGAGGCUUUUUCGACGGGAUGAUCCCAGGCCUAGGAAGCACAACCAUCGGUAUUUGCAUGGAUAUCAACCCUUACAAAUUCGAGGCUCCAUGGAAUGCCUUUGAGUUUGCCUUUCAUAUUUUAGAGGUCAAGUCGAAUCUGGUUAUUAUCUCUAUGGCAUGGAUGACAAGAGAGGAGCCACGGCGAUUCUCUCGUAUGCCUAACGAACCCGAUAUGGAUACGUUAACCUACUGGGUCACCCGCCUUGAGCCUCUGAUCCGGGCAGAAUCUGACGAGGAGAUUAUUGUUGUCUUCUGCAACCGUACUGGUAUUGAAGAUGAUGCAACCUACGCUGGAACCAGUGCCGUUAUUGGUAUUCAUGAGGGUGAGGUCAAGGUUUAUGGUCUCCUCGGCCGUGGAUCUAAAGAGCUUCUCGUCGUUGAUACCAAUGAUGCCCCCUACGCAAAGCUGGUUCAUAGACCAUCUCUCAUUAGCAAUGGCGGCGUAGUACCAGUACAAAAACCAAUCAUUCCGGAAGGUACUGCGAUUCAAGCUGGCGAGCUUGAACAUACUUACGAACGGAAGAACAAUGGACUUCCUGAAGAGGACCCCAAACCCAAGUCAUUCGGUAACGAAACAUCGUCACGGGAUAUUUCCCGUGGACGAUCACCUACACGGCCUGUCAUUCCCUCUGCUGUUCCUCUCCCACUCUCUCCACCAUCAGCAAACAACGAUGGUCAUGAGAAGCCGAAAAGGAAACCAGCAGUACCUAUUAUCAUCCCGAAAUCAUCACAAGUCUCUGGUGACGGUAUGCAGUCACCAGGUAGUGUUGGGGUUCUUACUCCUUCUGCUCCAAGCCCUGUUCCAAUGAUGCUCCGACCAAAACUCAUCAUCCCCCAAUCACCGCCGAUCGAUCCUCAGCAGUUCAUUUCUGAUAUGCCCAUAAGUGCACUCUCGCAGCAGUCUGAGCAAUCUAUCCACUCUGUUCGAUCACUGCAGUCUGUCAAAUCCGAUGAUUCCACCCAAACUGUUCGCUCAAAUCCACGCCCCCCAGAAGAUAGCACACCAUACCCCCAUAGUGGUAUGCCACUAAGCGGCUAUCCUAUGAAACGCAGGAUUUACGGCGGCCAUGUAUCUAUUGACACAUUUAGCCCAACAACUCCAUUUACUGAUAUUUCGCCAAUCUCACCACAGUGGCAGUGGAAGCAACCAGAUAGCGCCUUGCGCACGCCACUUUCAGCCGGAGGCUGGGGUCCAGGAACACCUGUUGGUCGUCAACCCGAGCCUUUCCCUUGGCCAAUCAUUACCGGGAAAGCAGCUCCUCAUAGUCGAUCUGGAUCGAUUGAUGUCACAGGAAAGGCUUCAGAAGCGCCAAGCCGUAUUACAGCAAAGACGCCAAUCGAUGUACCACUGACAGCUAUUGAGGAUGAUAAUAUUAUGACGGCUGUGGAAGCUCCACGAGUAACAGAAAACGGUACACCACUCCCGGCGAGGCCAUCAUCUCCGAAAUCACGUAAUGCCAGCCGCUCUCGAAAGCAUGAGAGGUCAGACUCUUCGCUAGAACAGCGCGAUAUCACCGCUGCUGUCACUCAGCACCUCGAUGAUAUUGCCUAUAGAGUUAGAUCGGCUAGUGCAAGUCGAGAAAACGCCACCACAUCAGUACAUCAAACAAGACAACAGAGUGUCUCGCGAAACAGCAGUCGAGCCCCAACCCCAGGCCGACAGCGAGCAACGACUCCAGGAACAAGAGUUGAUGAGCGAGGUGCCCCUAUCGUCCCAACACCAGCUGCAUUUGACUAUUAUAGACAAGCGGUUCCUCUUGUUAAGCCACAACGUAGCAACUCAUUCUCAACCACAAUUGGUGGACAGGUAUUUCCAUCUACUCCUGAUCGCCCCGGAGCAGUGCCUCGUCCCCCCAGCCGUGGCAGACAACCUGGCCCAACGCAUCCAUCGUCAAGCCUUGAGGAGCCUCGACGGAAGGAGCGUCCUACCUCGGCUGACUCAACGAGGAACGAUGUGCUUCAUCGAAGGGCCUCGAAACGUGGUGAACGCUCUGCAAGCAACCAGAAAGGCAGAAUAUCGUCUAAAAGUCACCAAAACAGAAAGCCUCGCGGUGCUUCUAGAGACCAAGUUCAAGUUUUUGAACGAGUUGAGGCAGUCCUGUGCCCAAAUUGCCCUGUUCAUGGCCAUCGACCCGAGUCAGCCCAUACUGUACGGGACCAAGGGCUGAUUCAUAAUAUUCUUCUCUCACAGUCAGGAGCUAGUGAAAAGCGGCCAGAAAACAAAGCAGAAUACUCGACUGAGGAUUCUGGACCUGCCACAUCAAAGAGUGAUUCACAAGCUGUGAGCCAGAAGACACCAACAAGCGUACCCGGACGAUCUAUGACAGCGCCACCACUAUUCAACCCUUCAACUCCAAAGGCCAUGAUAUUUGAUCGCGACGACGUUGACUGUGACUUAAUGCUGGAAGAAGCUGUUGCAGUGGAAUUACAGAGAGCCGGAUAUAGCGAGCGCCCCAACAUCUACCAAGUGGAGAGUCGUAGUGAGACAGUAGCACAAUAAGAGGUGCUUUACGAACUUUUGGAUUACAUUCUUUUCUGCCAAACUGUAUUAUGGCACCUUUUUGGCAUUUGCAUUUCCAUAUUUUUUUUUCGUCAAAUAGCUCGGUGCUAUUUGUAUAUUUCACAAGCUUACGCUACAUUACCUGUACCUACGGGACUGGCGUUCAUCAGCGGGCAUCUCUUUUUUUUAUAGCAUAGCAAGCUCAGAGAUCUAUAGUUUGUUUUGAAUCCGAAUUUACAAAUUUUCAAAGAUAUUUACGAGUUAAGAUUUAAGAGUAUUUUAUAGUUCAGUCUAUAUAGUCAUACUUUUCA